AUGAAGCCAAGUUUCAGUUGUCUCUUCUUCCUCCUCCUCCGCCUGCUCCUCUUCUGUUUCUUACACUGCGUGGCUUCCAGCACGGCGAGGCAGAGAGAUGUGCUAAACAAGUUCUACUUUAACAACGGAGCAGAGAGGUCGUCUUCUUCGUCUUGGGCAAGAAGUCUUCUUUCGAUAUCCGACUUGGAGUCGAAGGCCUACGACAAUAGUGGGCUGAAGGAGGGGGACAAGGUUGUUCGGCUGCCUGGCCAACCAGAAGGGGUGCAUUUCGAUCAGUACGCGGGGUAUGUCACAGUUGACAGAGCCAACGGACGGGCUCUAUUUUACUACUUUGUCGAGGCUACCGAGAACAGCGGAUCGAAGCCUAUUGUGCUCUGGCUCAAUGGAGGGCCGGGGUGUUCAUCUCUAGGGUACGGCGCCAUGGAGGAGCUCGGGCCGUUUCGAGUCAUGAGUGAUGGCAAGACUCUGUAUAGGAAUCCCUAUGCUUGGAACGAAGUGGCGAACGUCUUGUUCCUGGAGAGUCCCGCCGGCGUCGGCUUCUCCUACUCUAACACCACAUCGGACUAUGCCACGAGCGGUGACCGUAGGACGGCAAUUGAUGCUCUGGUUUUCCUCGUCAACUGGUUCGAGCGGUUCCCGGAGUAUAAGGGGAGGGACUUGUUCAUCACUGGCGAGAGCUAUGCCGGGCACUACGUCCCUCAGCUCGCCCAUGCCAUACUCCAUCACAAAGAUUGCCUCAUCAAUCUCAAAGGCAUCGCGAUCGGGAACGCGGUGAUCGACGAGGAGACGAGUAACAAGGGGCUGCUUGACUACUAUUGGACGCAUGCGUUCUUAGCCGACGAGACCAUCGUUGCGAUCCACAAGUUCUGCAAUUUUUCGCCGGGUGCGCAACUACAGCCUCCGGAGUGCAACCGAGCUAUCGCCGAGGCGAACCACGUUUUCACGGAAGUGAACGUCUACAACAUAUACGCACCUCUAUGCUUCUCAUCGGGCGUGACGCCAACUCGAAAGUUGCCCUCGAAUUUUGAUCCUUGUACUUCUAAUUACGUGGAGGCAUACCUUAACAAUCCUAAGGUGCAGAAAGCUCUACAUGCCAAUGUGACAAAGCUCAACUACACUUGGUCUGGUUGUAGCAAAGUGAUACAGGGUUGGUCAGAUCAGCCUUCCACAAUGCUACCAAUUAUUCACGAAUUGUUGUCUAAUGGAAUUAGGGUUUUGAAGUACAGCGGUGACUUGGAUGGAAGAGUUCCUGUUACUUCCACAAGAUACUCCCUCAACAAGCUAAAGCUUAAAGUGAAGGUUCCAUGGAGAGCUUGGAUGCUUAACAAUGAGGUUGGGGGAUACACUGUGGUUUAUGAUCAUAAUUUGACAUUUGCUACUGUUCGGGGAGCAGGACAUAGUGUUCCAAGCUAUCAGCCAGCUCGAGCUUUGGAGAUGAUUAAGAGUUUCCUUCAAGGGCUGCAUCUCCCUGUAGUUCUUGAAAUUCUUCCAGCUGGCAGGCAGCUUCUCAAUAAUAGCAACCACCUGAAAGGUUUCACUCAAAACAAUACCUUCCGAGUGGAUCUCAUACAGGAUCACUUGAAGCUCUUGGACUUGUCUAAUCACCGUCUUGAAGUUAAACAUCUUGUAGUCCAGGAAUUAGAGACCCUCGCAUCCUCCGUCUCAUACUUAUUGUCCAAGGACUCCCACAACUCCUUAGUCGUUCUCUUUAUACUAUACACUGCAUAUAGUGAGUCAGCAAGGUAA